CCUCCGAGCCUUGGUCCCUGUGCCUUCUUGGCCAUUGCUUACAAUUGGUGGUGAUGGCAGGAGGAGCAGUCCCUAACCUCAAGGAAAAGAUGCAAGUGCCAAAGGAUGAAGACCUGCUUCUUGGAAGCUUUAGGGAUAACCAAGAGCGCUCAGUGGCAGCAGAAAUGAAGGAGCAUAUAUCUCGGUUGCUGGGUGCUUCUCAGCGGCGACAGAAGGUGGAUCCAAAGGCUGUUGGCUCUGCUGCGGUUUGGAAUAUGGCUGCAAACCAGUCCAAGAAGGUGGGGCUGCAGCUGCGGGGAGUUGGAGUGGUGGGAGAACAAGGCGAUGGCGGUGCCCGACCCCAGGAGAAUCCUGGCGGCUCCCAGGGCAUGAGGUCCCAGUACGAGCGCCGAGAGUUAAAUACACUGGCUGAGAUUGGUCUGGAAGAGCUCAAUGAGCUGGAGAUGGAGAUCAUGAGAAGACAGCUGUUCAUGAUUACUGAGCGUCUGCGCUACCUGGAGGACCAGAGUGCCACCUGGCACCAACGGGAGGUGCUGUUAUUCACCAUGCUGCUGUCUUCCUGCAUCGCCAACCUGUGGCUGUGGAUGCGCCAGUGAUGUUUCCUGCCGGUCCGCCGUGCAGCUAGAGCCCUUCAGUCUUCCCUUUCUUCCCUUCUCUCCCUCAGCCACCUCUGCCCAUCCUCCUUCUAACUUUCAGCAGCCUUCAACAGCAUCGCCACCAUUUUCCACCUCUGCCCGAGGGAGGCCCUAGCUGCUGGGAGGUGGAGGAAGUAUAGAAUCGCGAAGGUCAGAAUGGACUGAGAUCCAGCCUCUUUGCAGGGAGAGGAUGGUGGUUUCCAGUCCCCACAGUAACAGCAGUGGUAGGUGCUUCCUCCUUCCCUGUCAGGGCUCCAUGGUGACCAUCUUGGAGCUAGACCUUGCCUCUGGGCCCUCAGUGUCUCUUCUGUUCCAUCCUUGGCAGGGGCUUGGCUGUGUCUUCCCUGUUUUCUUCAAGGUUGUGCUCAGGGCUCUGCACACAGAAUAUUCUCAAUAAAAGUUCAGUUAUAGCAGCAAA